AGAACAGCGAAGGAUUGUAAAUUAUAAUCGUUAUCGUUACCUCGUAGUGACAGACGGAUCGCAAAAACAUCCUUUUGGAUAGAGAAUAUUACUUUGAAAUCUGAGUUUGAAAUUUUAUUAUUUUAAAGACCCAAGAUGACUCGCAGACUUCAAACUGUUGCAGCCGUAACAUGCAUGAAACUUCUGCUUCUGAUUUUUAAUGUCAUAUUUUGGGCUGCUGGAGUAGUUCUUUUAUUCUUUGGAUUAUGGAUGAAGAUAUCCUUUCAUUAUCUCUUUGAGUUAUCAGAUGAAUACCAAGAAGUUAUUCCUUACAUAUUCAUUGGUGCAGGUUCCAUCAUCUUGAUUGUAGGAUUCUUUUCAUGUUGCUGCAUAGUGAAAGGACAGCCAGCUUUAUUGUAUAUAUUGGCUGUAUUCUUGAGCAUAGUAUUCUUAUGUGAAAUUACUGCUGGUAUAUCUGGAUACAUCUAUCGCGGCAAGAUACAAGAUGGUUUCAAAACAGGUUUAAAUAGCAGCAUUGCACAAUAUGGAGAUGGUCGCAUCAGGGACAGAGAUGUUGAUAUGGUCCAGAAAUAUUUGAAAUGCUGUGGUGUACAGGAUUAUGCUGAUUGGUAUUCAAAAUGGAGCAAUCAUUCCGUCCCUGAAAGCUGCUGUGUGAAUAAAGCUACUUGCCAUUACUCUCCUGUUGUAGAUACCACUGAAAUAUAUACAGAAGGAUGCUAUGUAAAAGUUGUUGACUUCGUGAACAGUAAUCUGGGUGCUUUAUUGGGUGGUGCUUGUGGUUUAGCUGGCCUUCAGCUUAUUGGUGUGAUAUUAGCUUGCUGUCUGGCCAAAUAUGCUGAUAAGGCAAAAUAUGAACCAGUGAACUAAAACAGUCAUUGGUAGAUAAAAGAAUUUACAGUUUUAUUCUUGCUAAAGAACCUUCCCAGGUGUUAUUUAUCACUGUGUCACAAUCUCAUUUUGGAAUAGCUUUUGAUCUGUGUCACAAUGUAAAACCUUUAAAGCAUUUAUCACUAUUUUAACUUGCAAGAAUUUUUACAUAUCUUUUUUUUUCUUAUUUUUUUUCUGUUUGUUUUUGAAUGUUGGGUUUUAUUUUAAUCUCUACAAUUAGGAAAAAUAUGAUAUGGUUAAUCGGAAUUGCAUUAUGAGGCCAUAUUUGUUUUGUACAGUUUUCAAUUUUUUAAUGGAAAAGGUAUACAAUUUUUGGAAUUUGAUCUUUAUUCUUUUGUAAAGUUUUAUAUUGGGAAAAACUAUUUUAUAAAAUACUUAAGGAUUGCUGAUGUAUUCUAAGAUGUUAUCUAUAUCUAUCUAUAUUUUCCUUCAAAUAAAACAUAUGCAAGUUAGAACAAUAGGAACCUCUUUUUAGCAAUCUCUACUUGUGAUAUUUGAAAAAUACAAUUUAACCUUUGAUCACUUACCUGAUGGCCCUGCAUCGCAAAUACUUGCUUAUUUAUCCAGAUAUAUCUAUAUGGAAAUAACUUUUAUUCAUAUUGUUGUUCUUGAUUAUUAUAUCUUUCAUGGCAUAAUAUAUAUGGAAUGAAUUAAAGCUUGAAAAAAUUUAUCUGUUGCAAUUCUAUAUAUCUAUGUAUGUACCUAGUGAAAAAUAAAGAAUUAUCAUUAGUA